AUGGCGGCAGAAGGUGGUGUGCGGACGCUUGAAGAGCUGAGCGCCCACUCCAAGGCGCGGACGGCGGAGCUGUUUGGCGAGGCGUGGGCGAGCGGCGUUGGCGGCGAGAACAACGAGUUGGCUGGGUACGGGCGACGGGUUCGUGCGCGGGCGGUGUAUCCUGUGUCGAGCAGCCAGCAGGGUGAGGAUGCUGGCGGCAAGAGUAAGAGUGCCAAGAGCAGGAGCGAUGGCAAGAGCAGCGCUGGGACGAGCAUGGCGGUGGUGGCGAUGGAGGUGGAGAGCGGGGGCGGACAGGCGCGGCGCGGGACAGAGCCUGGCGCUGUGGGAGCGCCGCAGGAUGCAGCGGUGGAGGCGAUGCGGUCGUCGUCUGCACGUGCGCUUGCGGUUGCAACUGCCCGCGGGGCAGAGGCGCUCGCGCAGGCCGAGGUGAAGAGCCAUGCGGAUUGGAAGCUGUAUCGGGUCAUUGCCGGGCACGCCGGGUGGGUCGAGUCUGUGGCCAUGGACCCGACGAACCAGUGGUUUGCCACAGGCUCUGCCGACUGCUCAAUCAAGAUCUGGGACGCCGCUGACGGCGGGCUGGAGCUGACGCUGACGGGCCACCUGUCUGCCGUGACGGCGCUGCAGUUUGACGCGCGCCACCCGUUCCUCUUCUCUGCAAGCAAGGACAAGCUCAUCAAGUGCUGGGACCUGGAGACGAACCAGGUGACGCGGUCGUACUUUGGCCACCGCGGCGGAGUGUACGCCCUCGCGCUGCAUCCGGAGCUAGACGUGCUGUUUACCGGCGGGCGCGAUCGCGACGUGCGUGUGUGGGAUGUGCGGUCGCGCAACGCCAUUGGGGUUCUUGCCGGCCACGAGGGCGCUGUGUUCUCGCUGCUCGGCUCUGCCGCCGAGCCGCAGAUUGUGUCGGGCUCUGCCGACUCGAUGGUGCGGCUGUGGGACCUGCGGAACAUGAGCUCUGCAGUUACGCUCACCCACCACAAGAAGGCCGUGCGUGCGUUGGCGCACGCGCCGGCCGAAUACGCUUUUGUCUCGGCCUCGGCCGGCUCGAUCAAGAAGUUUGCCUGUCCCAAGGGCCAGCUGAUGCAGACGCUCCGCGAGCACGAGGGCACCAUCCACACGCUGGCUAUCAACGACGACGGCGUCAUGGUCUCGGGCGGCGAGGGCGGUGCACUGACGUUCUGGGACUACGGCUCGGGCACGGCCUACCAGCACCUCCGCACCCCGCUCCAGCCGGGAUCCCUCGAGUCCGAGGCCGCCAUCCUUGACGCCACUUUUGACCUCUCGGGCACCCGCCUCAUCACUGUCGAGGCCGACAAGAGCAUCAAGAUGUUCAAGCAGGUUGCGAGCUCUGGCAGUAGCAAGUGA